AUGGCCCCCCACUCAACUAGAUCGAGCUCUCAACUCCAAGGUUUCGCAGGGAUGGUGACCGCAGUGGCGGCAUGGUCCAUCUGGGGCACCGAUGUCUUUCCCGCCCAAGACGAUCCCCAAGGCAACCCUGAAAACUGGACCGCGGACGAGAUGCGAAGGUGGCUUCGUGCGAGAGGACUUUUGCCAAAUGAGAACGCAACGCGGGAAGAGUUGUUGGAGAGAGUCAAGGCCAAUCUGCGCAUUCCGCGCACUUCCAAGUCGGCCGCGCCACAGUAA